AUGGCCGAUUACGAAAUAUUUUCAUGUCCCCAAUUUAGUAAUAAAGUGCUGAUUAUUCUGUUUGAAGGCGUCCAGAAUAAUGCAGAGAUAAAGUCGGAGCUGCUAAAGGGAAACAGAGAUUACGAUUAUGCGUUUGUCAAUUGCGAUAACAUAGCCUCGCAGGAGCAGGUAUAUUCAGCAUUAUACAAAGCUUUACUGGACGAUUUACUUGGCCAAACAAAAUCGAAAACUUUGCACUCAGAAAUAAUAUUCGACCUUUCCCCGUUGAAGAAUAUCGUUGAAUCCUUGAACAAAUUUGGAAUAUCGUCUACUUCAACAAACAUAAUCGCCCUCAAAGUUCUUUCAGAUAGUCAAAUUGACAAUGUGGCCACUUACGUUGAUAACCUCAAGCAGAGAGUCAAAGGGUCCGUCGUGCAUUUUGACCAAGCGAACCUAAGCAGAUUCACCAACUUCGCACAGCUCAAGAAGAACUACAAACUCACCAACAUAUCCACAGAGGACGUUGAAGAGCUCACAAGGAUCUUGGUUGGACUUACGCAGUUGAAAGGAACAUAA